GUCUAUAAGAUUGUGGUUUAAUCAAUGUAUCACGUGAGCCAUAUACGAAGAUCUUCUCAUGUGAUCCUCCCAGUUUUCGACAGCUCCAAGAAUUCGUAUUUGAUAGACACUUCGAGUUUCCGUUUGUUUGCGAGUUUCAAAGAAGAACAAUAAUCUGAUAAAAGAAAAAAUAAUAGAAUGGGUGCAGCCGCGUUACCUGUAGUAGUUUUCACGAUACUCUGGGGCAUCUUGUUAUUCCUAGGAGUAGCUCUACCACUUUUCGUUCCCAAGGGACCAAAUCGUGGGAUACUUCAGGUUCUGUUAAUAUUGACGGGUUUUACGUGCUGGUUGUUCUGGCUGUGUUGCUACAUGGCACAAAUGAAUCCACUGAUUGGGCCAAAAUUAGAUAAUGUAACAAUAUUAAUUAUGGCUCGAGAAUGGGGUAAACCUAUUGUCAACUAAUGAACAUUUUAUGGUAGAAACUUGCUUUUGAAUAUAUAUAUAUAUCCAAUUCUCCGAUAUACGCUACUUUUAAUAAGAAUGUGUAGUUGCAAAGAUAAAACAAAAUGUUAGUACAUUGAUGAUGUGUAUAAAUGGAAUCUUAUAUUAAUGUGCGAUUAUAAUUUGGUUAUUGAGAAUUUAAUUUUUGUAUAAAGUAUACAUUAUUGUUAUUUAGAAGUGCAUAAGAAUUUUAAUGAUUAUAUUUAUCUAGAUUUAUCCAACUAUAUAUGUAUGCUAUAAUGUAUGUAUGUGUCAAUAUUAUUUAUAUAAUCUAACUUAAAAAAGCAUAUUCCCAUUACAAGAUAAGUAUACCACUGCACUGUAUAUAAUUGUGAAAGAAAAAAAAAUUAAAAUAGCAACCGUGAUCUUUUA